AUGACUUCCUGUCCUGUCCAACCUCACGAGCACAUGGAUAUGGUGUACAUCUCCAUUGAGACCACUAUUGCUCUGGCCUCUGUGGUGGGGAAUGUACUGGUGGUGCUGGUGGUGUAUGAAAACCGGGCUCUCCGCAACGCAACCUUCUGCUUCAUUGUGUCUCUGGCCAUGGCUGACAUCGCUGUGGGACUUUUGGUCAUCCCUCUAGCUAUCGUUAUCAGUGUGGGAUAUUACACUCAGUUCUACACAUGCCUCUUCCUGUCUUGCCUGAUUCUGAUGAUCACCCAGAGCUCCAUCUUUUCCCUACUGGCAAUAGCCAUCGACAGAUAUCUGCGAGUCAAAAUUCCUACCAGGUACAGCAUCAUAGUGACUAAUGGGCGAGCGUUCGUGGCAAUUUGUCUCUGUUGGAUUCUUUCCUUCCUCACUGGAUUGGUUCCGAUGAUUGGCUGGAAUAACCGGGAUACCGCAAACCGCAGCAACGCCAGUGAAAUAUGCUGCCAGUUCACCGCUGUUAUAAGGAUGGACUAUAUGGUGUACUUUAAUUUCUUUGUCUGUGUGGCACCACCACUGCUGAUAAUGAUCACUCUGUAUGUGGAGAUCUUUAGGGUCAUACGGAAGCAACUUAACCGCCGUGCUGAGGCCACCUGUGAUGGAGACAAGUACUUCCGGAAGGAGCUGAAACUAGCCAAAUCGUUGGCCUUGGUGGUGUUUCUCUUUGCUUUGUGCUGGCUCCCAAUACAUAUCAUGAACUGCGUGACUUUAUUUUGCCCAAAUUGUAUCAAUCCGAUAGCCUCAAAGGUAGGGAUUUUCAUGUCCCAUGUAAACUCGGCUCUUAACCCGCUGGUUUAUGCAUUCAAGAUGAAGCAUUUCCGUGCCACACUCAUCCAAAUCAUUCGCCGCUGCAUGUUAUGUAAACCCUUAGAAGCGACCGCAUACCCUACAAGCACAGUAGUCCUAAAUUAG